GUGCUAAUUCUUGCAGAUAGGAAUGUUCAUUGUAAAGGAUAAAGUAAAAUGUGUUUCACUGCUGCAGGAGAAGCAAAUGGUCUGGCAGGGUUGGAGCCAGUGAGCAGAGUGAUUGCUGACUCAGCAGAUCUGGCUUGCAGGAAUUUGACUGGAUGUUUUGGGUUUGGAGCACAGAUUUUGGUUUUAAACUUUUACUGGAGUUUUGUGUUUCAGCCCUGCUGCUUUGCCUGAUCACAAAUAGGUUCAGUGCAGAGCAGUACCCUUACUUUUGAAAACAGAUACGGUGUCAAGAGUGUGAUUGCUGCUUUCCUUAUAUUUGAGUCAUCAGAAGAAAGUGCUUUUCAAAAGAAAAUGUGCCACUUUGAGAAAUCUCAGUCUCUGUGUUGAUCAGGAUAACAAGUAGGAAUUCAUUGCAAAAUUCUGAAUUUGGGAUGUUUGCAAGAGACCUGUCUGGGUAAAUGAGGCACAUCCAUGGGCAGCUGAGGCAGCCUGGGGGGAGCAGGGACUGCAGCUGCAGGUUGGUGUGUGGGGCUGUCUGGACCCCUGGAAAUAACUCCCUGGGGAGUGCGAUCCGUGUCUAGUGCAGGUGUUUAGAACUGCAGGUGGCAGAGGGGGAAUGGACAGUUUGGCAAGGGCCACCAUCCUGGCUUUCCCUGUGGGAAGCGAGUCCUGGUCCAGGGUAUUGUGGGGUGCCUUUGGUGAGGAGCAGAGGGAUGGAGGUUGUGACCUCACCCCUCAGAGUGAGGAGGUUGUGCCCAGCUGAGCAUGGCUGGUGGCAGCUGGACUGAAGAGCUGCUUUUUGGGGCAACAGAUCAUUUCAGACUGCAAAAGGAUGGGAUAAAGAGACUUGACAACAUACUCCCUCUCAUGAUAGAGGAGAAUUCCGAUAAUCACAAGGCUGGUUUUGUCCAUUUCCCAUAUGUCCAAUUCAUCUGAGGUCAGAUUAAACUCUUACCUCCUUGGAACAGGAAAUACAGGGCUUCCUGUUGUACAGAGCUCUGAGCUGCAUGUCAGCUCUCGUUAGACAGAAAAGAGGAGGAAUGCAAUUAGCCUGCUGGAUAAAAGGCAGGCAAAAGUCCCUUAACUCUGAAAAAUCAACACUUGAGGAAGCAAACCACAUGUGGAGAACAAAUGCUGGAAAAAGCCCCGACUGUUUGGAACAAAUGCCUUUAUUACUUAAAUAAACAGCAGCGUAAUUUGUUGGAGUGACAGUGUGAGCUGUUCUGUGCCCUGUAUCUGUAAGAAGAAUUCACUGCUAACUUGAAAGCAGAUGGUUUUGUAUGGCCCUGGGUGGGUUUUCUGGGAAAUGUUAGUUCUGUACUGCCAUACAGGAACAGAAAUAUCCUAGUAAUGCUGCAGCAGCCUAAAAGGAACGUGGAUAGUGUAAAACAAGUAUGAAAUAUGCUGUGUCUGUAGCCCAUAUUUCAGGUAGAUUAAAAGCAGUCAUGGAUUUUUCAUUUUUUUUUAAACAUCCUCUGGGAGAACAGACAUCUUCAAGUUCAUUGGGAUCAGGACACAGAUGCCAAUAGGCUCAUAGCCAGGCUCUGUUGUGCAUUCUUAGGUUUGAAAAGUACUCCCCUUCCUGCUUUGGAGACAAAACCCCUUUUAUUCCAUGUGUUUUGAUCAUUCAUUUUUUGAAGCAAAUGACGGCAAGUUACUUAAAAGACUUUUCAAUGGUCUUUUUUCUCUCCUUUCAAGUAGAGGCACGAUAUCAGCACAUAGCAGUGAGCACCUCAGCAACCCCGGUAUUUCUGUAGAGUUUUAAGCAGAUAAAUGAGGGUGAGAAUAGAGACCAUUUUGUAACUUCCACCUCCUGAAUGCCUCCUGCCUCGCUCCAUGCUGAUCACAGGUGAGCUGGUGCCUGUAGAACCACUCCUCUGCUUGUACCUUUUGUUCUCUGCCAUGCUGUUGUUUGACUGUGUGUGUGCUACCUGAGUUAAUCACAUCACAUCUAAAUUUAGCUGUAAUCUCUUCAGAACAGUAGCAGUAGUUGCAAAGUCAGAGCUGAGCAGGUCUCCCAUAUAUUGCCUUACUGCAGCUUGGCCCUGGACGCUGCUGAUGCUGAGGUCUGCAGGAGUACCUUUGAAAUCUAAGAGCUCAGGUUGGCAAAGCUUGUCCUUGACCUCCACUGGGGCCUUCUUCUGCUGGGGCAGGGCAGGAGGUUGUCCCUGCACAGAGCCUUGUGUGCCAGGCCCGUUGCAAAAGGCACUGGGUGUGCUGUGGCACAGUCCCAGCUGCCUCAGCAGUUGGGUGCCCCAGGACCUGGUUCUCAGCCUUCUGUGAUCUGCAGAAGUAACUGUACCAAAGUUUAAAGUGAGUCUUUAGUUUUUUAAACCUGAAAAUGUUUCUUCAUGCUGGCUGCAAGCACCACUCACACCCAGCAGCAGGGAACAUGCAAGAGUGCAAGGACUCAAGUUGCCUGGAGAUGUUUCCUGCAGCUGAUUCUGUGCUGGCAGUCUUGCAGUGGGAGUCCUUUGCUCUGGAAGCCCCAGAAAGCUGCAGUGAAUGAACAGAGUGUGUUAUCUUUGCAUUUGAGAUAAUACCUGGUGUCCAGUCCUGGCUCUGUGCUGAUGGAUAAUCCUGGGCUGGCUCUGACACUUGGGUGCUUCUGUUUCCCCACUAAAGGAAGCACAGUGCCCCUCUUUAUGAUGCCCUACCUCCAGAUGCUGCCUGACAGCUAAUUACUACACUUACACAACAAAAACCAGAUAAAAAUGCCCUUCUGGGGAAGGGUGAUGCUGCUCUCUUCCUCUCCCUUGUGGGCUGCUGUGGCAUCAAGAGUGAGCAAGAUGAUCUCCCUCCUCCUCCUCCUUUCUCUCAGCAGACUGGGAUGAGAUGGGGUGGGCCCCCAACAUAAGCACAGUUUUUCUCCUCCCUGCAAAAACUAUUUACAUUUUGUUGUACGGACUCAGGGUACUGUAAUUCAGAAAGGGUAGCAGGAAAAUGUGUCCUGCAUCUCUGAAUCACUAAGGAAAAGCAGCCAGCUUUGUUUUGUUUUUAUUUUUGUUUUAGUAAAAACGCACUUCCCACUCUUAACUUUUGAAACUUCCACGUGGCACAGAGGGGGAUCAGUUCCAGUUGAUAUAAGCCUGGAUGAAGAGAGGGAGGAAAUAACUUAAUUGCUUUAGUUCAGCUGGAGUGGAGAGCAAAGAAUCAGUGUCCCUUUAUUUGGAAUUCAGCAAGAAGGUCGUGUUGUUGGUGAGGACAGAUCCCCUGCAGGUUCUGUGGAGGUACUGUCUGGAGCUCUGGGGGCAUUCACAGAACAGGUGGCUUUAUAUUUAAAAUAGGAACUCUGCUGUCAGGGACAAAAAGCUGUGUUGCUUUCUUGGAAGUAUUGCUGCACUUGGAGCAUACUGUGUUACCAACAGGGUGUUUCUGUGCUUUCACCAAGAGGGGGGAAAUAAGGAAUGGGAGGCUUCUGGGCUGAGUGGGGUGUGUGUGUGUGGUGGAAGGUUCUGGUGUUAGUGCUGUAAUGUGGGGCUUAGAAGAUAAAAAAGAGAUUGGGUAGAUGGGGUGUUAAAGCAAAUUUGGGGACUCUGCCUCUCAAACAUCUGUGGUUUCAGCCUAUCGAUCCCUGGUCCCAGAAGAUCAGUUGAUAGGUUGAAAACCAAGGGAGAGUUAAAGGGGAGGGAGAUGAAAUGCAGGAAAAACUGCUGAUCUGUCACUCAUAGCUAAUUUGAACCAGACCCCCAGAGAAUGGGAGGACAUUCCCACCUGGGAUUCAGAUUUUGGGUUGAAUGCAGCUAAAAUCAAAGGUCUAGUCCCAGUGCAGCUCCAGUCUGCUGCAGGGAAAUGCAGAAGCACACACCAUCCCUGCUUCUCCUGUGCCAAUUCCAGCACGCUGGCUUUUGGCAUCGCUCACGGAGCCUGCGAACUAUGUUGACAAAAAGUAAUGGGAGAUUGUUUAUUUCCCAAGGCUUUCUGUUCAGUCUAUAGCUGCUUCCUCUUUCCUACUCACAUUUUCCCAUAUGGUGACUUUGGAAAAUUCCUCUCCGAUUUCGCUGGGAAGUGCAGGAAGCUCUCGUUGGUAGAGGGUUGCCUGUUGCUCUCUCUCGUUCUGCUGCUCACAUCUGGAAAGGAUCUGGCUCGGAAAGGGGAGACUGCUGUGAGCUCAGUGCAUGUCACUGACAUGGCAUGAGCGAGGGAGCCUGUGGGGGCAACACAAAUGUUCUCCAUUCAGCUCAGUUCUGACAGCAAAGGGGCGAUGCCGGCGGGCGGCCGGGCGCUGCUGGCGCUGCUGGGGCUCCCGGCGCUGCUGGCGCUGGGCUGCGCCACCCACACCCACACCGAGCCCGGGGGCGGCCCGGCCCCGCGGCCCGGCCCCGCCUGCCCCCGCGACUGCGGCUGCAGCCAGGAGGGCGUCGUGGACUGCGGCGGCAUCGACCUCAAGGAGUUCCCGCUGCUGCUGCCCGAGCUCACCAACCACCUGUCCCUGCAGAAUAACCAAAUAGAAGAAAUCUUUCCAGAAGAACUUGCUCGUCUUUACAGACUGGAAACUCUCAAUCUGCAAAACAACAGGCUGACUUCAAAAGGGUUGCCAGAGGAAGCAUUUGAACAUCUGGAGAACCUGAAUUAUCUGUACCUGGCAAACAAUAAGCUAACAGUGGCUCCGAAAUUCCUACCAAAUGCCUUGAUCAGUGCAGAUUUUGCAGCCAAUUAUCUCACUAAGAUAUAUGGGCUCACAUUUGGACAGAAACCAAACUUGAGAUCUGUGUAUCUUCAUAACAACAAACUUUCAGAUGCUGGGUUACCUGAUAACAUGUUCAAUGGCUCUGCUAAUGUGGAGAUACUCAUCAUGUCCAGCAAUUUCUUGAAGUAUGUUCCAAAGAAUCUCCCUCCAGCACUGUAUAAAUUACACUUACAGAGCAACAAGCUGGAGAAGAUUCCCAAAGGAGCCUUCAGUGACCUCACAGGUCUGCGGGAGCUGUACUUACAGAACAACUACCUGUCUAAUGAGGGAAUGGACAACGAAACCUUCUGGAAAUUGUCUAGUCUUGAAUACCUGGAUUUGUCCAGCAAUAACCUCUCACAAAUCCCAAGUGGUUUACCUCGAAACAUCGUCCUCCUCCACCUGGAGAAGAAUGCAAUUAAGGUGAUUGACAGAGAUGUGCUGACCCAAAUUAAGAACCUGGAGUACCUUCUGCUCCACAAUAACAAACUAAAAGCCCGAGGGAUUCACCCAUUAGCCUUCCAGGGCUUAAAAAAGCUGCACACUGUCCACCUGUACAACAACAUGCUGGAAAGGAUUCCCAGUGGGCUGCCCCGGCGCGUGAAAACACUUAUGAUCCUUCAUAACCAGAUCUCUGAGAUCAACAGGAAUGACUUUGCUACCACUUACUUCCUUGAAGAGCUGAACCUGAGCUACAACAAGCUCAAAAGUCCCCAGAUCCAUCGGGAGGCCUUCCGUAAGCUGAGGCAACUAAAGUCCUUGGAUCUUUCUGGAAACAAUCUCCACACGGUCCCCUUUGGCUUUCCAAAGAACUUGCAGGUCCUGAAGCUGAAGGAGAACGAGAUAAGCAUCAUCCCAAAAGGGACUUUGUCUGGGAUGACAAAACUGCGGGAACUCUAUUUGAGCAACAAUAAACUGAAAGUGAAUUCAAUUUAUUCAAGAGCUUGGAGAGAACUCAGCAGUCUCCAGUCACUAGACAUGGCUGGCAACCAGCUGACCUCCAUCCCAUUGGGCCUGCCGGAAUCUCUGGAAUAUCUCUAUCUCCAGAACAACAAGAUCACAACGGUUUCAGAGCAUGCUUUUGAAUCCACACCCAAAAUAAAGGGGAUUUACCUCAGGUUUAAUAAGAUUGCAGUUGGAGCACUGAAAGAAAGUACCUUCCAAAGCCUAAAGCACUUACAGGUACUGGACAUUGAAGGGAACCUUGAAUUCAGCAACAGUUCAAAGAAUAAAGAUGAUUCAGAAGAGGAAAUGGAAGAUGAGGAAGAGGAAGAAGAACUGAGAUAAAAUGUGAACUCGCACAAUCACACCAUGUGGGAGGAAAACAUAUGGAAAAUUACAUAUAUGUCUAUGUGUAUAUAUCUCUAUAGAUAUACAGAGAGCACUUAGCAGAACGUGCAAUGAAUUCCACAGAAACUGUUGUGGCACCGAGCCAGGCUCAUGGAAGACAGUGUGUUACAGUGCCUUAUUCAGGGAAAGACCCUGAAUGCCUUUCCAAAGCUUCCAAAUCAUCUUAUACAAGACCCAGGAUCAUAAGGGAUUGCUCGGGAACUCACAAAAGCUGGCUUUUGUUUCUUCUGUUUCUCUUCCUUCACUGUUUCCAUCUGUAAUAUGGGACUGUUUUCAACACAUGCCUUCAAAUGCCAUUUUUGUCACUGCAUUUUAAGUGAACCACGUGUAAGCUGCUUUUCUUUCCCUCCACCCCAAAGAAGCUGUUGGUGAUCAGGCAAGAUGAACAUUUGCAGUAGUUUCAUGUGUGGAGCAGUGUUAUGAGGCAUUUUGGUCAUCAAGCAACACUAAUAAUUCCGGAUGCAACUAUUCCCCUGUUAUAACAAUGUGUAUAUUUGGAUGAGAAAAACAAAGUAAGGCUGGAUCCCAUAAUAUUUUAUCUCGACUGCCAAAACCUGCAGUAUAUUCCUGUUUUAGAAAGGUUUUAAGAUAAAACUAUUUCUCUUGUGAAUAUAUAUAUAUAUAUAUAUAUAAAAUCUGUAUGUCUGCCUUCCA